AUGUCUAAUGAUCCAAGCUCUUAUAAUGGAGGUAUUGUUGUGGCAAUGAAAGGGAAAGAUUGUGUGGCUAUAGCAUGUGAUCUACGUUUAGGUCAACAAUCAUUAGGUGUAUCUAACAGGUUUGAAAAGAUAUUUCACUACGGCCAUGUCUUCAUGGGGGCAACAGGCUUGGCUACAGAUGUAAUUACUUUAAGUGAAGUUUUCCGUGAAAAAACUAAUCUAUAUAAACUAAGGGAAGAUAGAAACAUUGAACCAGAAACAAUGUCUCAAUUAAUUUCAAGCACUCUAUAUUCUAAACGAUUUGGUCCAUAUUUCAGUACACCAGUAGUUGCAGGCAUUAAUUCUAAAACUGGUGAACCUUACAUUGCUGGGUUUGAUGUCAUUGGCUGUAUUGACGAUGCUAAAGAUUUUAUUGUCAGUGGUACCGCUUCAGAUCAGUUAUUUGGUAUGUGUGAGUCCUUGUACGAACCAGAUUUGGAACCAGAAGAUUUAUUUGAAACUAUAAGUCAAGCACUAUUAAGUGCCGCUGAUCGUGAUGCUAUAUCUGGUUGGGGUGCAUGUGUAUACGUUAUCACCAAAAAUAAAGUAGUGAAAAGAUAUUUAAGAACACGUCAAGAUUGA